UCUGUAGCCCGCGAUAAAAAGGGGCACUUAUCGCUUUCGUGUGUCUUUUUCAGGGGACAGUCAUUGAUGGCGUUGCUUUUGAAAAGAUUCCGUGCUUGUGAAAUGACAUUUUUACCCUUGUUUCCUCCCUCAAUUGCGAAAAUCCAUCUUUCCCUCCUUUUCCUAACCACUCUCUUCUCAUUCGCCCUUUUCCCGCCCUCAGAUGCCUUAACGGUCGAAACCCAAGCGCUACUCCAAUUCAAAAAUCAGUUAAAGGAUCCUUUGAAUUCCAUGCAAAACUGGAAAGCCUCAGAAUCCCCCUGCAGUUUCUCAGGCAUCUCUUGCGAUCCGGUUUCUGGUGAAGUCACCGGAAUCUCCCUUAAGAACCAGUCCCUUUCAGGCGAGAUAUCCCCUUCCCUCUCUGACCUCCGGAGCCUACAGUCCCUCGUCCUCUUGUCGAAUUCCAUUUCCGGCAAUUUUCCUCUCCCGUUGGUUAAUUGCAGUAAUCUGCGAUUUUUAGAUCUCUCUGAUAACAAUCUUACAGGCCAUUUGCCGGAUCUUUCGGUAUUGAGAAACUUACAAGAACUUGACUUAUCGAAAAAUGCCUUCUCUGGCGAGUUCCCGAGCUGGAUUUCGAAAUUAUCUGCCUUGACUUCGCUAGGCCUUGCUUGGAAUGACUUUGAAGAGGGAGAGAUUCCAGAAAGCCUUGGAAAUUUGAAGAACCUGACAUUGAUUUAUUUGGCUAGCUGUAAUUUUCGAGGGGAGAUCCCAAACGCAAUAUUUGAAUUGAAGUUGCUCGAAACGUUAGAUUUCUCCUGCAAUAAGCUCACUGGGAAUUUCCCAAGAGCAAUUUCAAAUUUAUCGAAGCUCAGUAAGAUUGAGCUCUUUCAGAACAAUUUCACCGGAGAAAUCACACCAGAGUUUGCAAACCUUACACUUUUACACGAACUUGACAUUUCGAAAAAUCAGAUUUCAGGGAAAUUGCCUGCUGGUAUCGGUAACCUGACACAAUUGGUGGUUUUUCAAGUAUAUGAAAACUACUUUUCAGGAGAAAUCCCAAAAGGGUUUGGGAAUUUGCAGCAUCUUGAAAGCUUUUCGAUUUACAGGAACAGUUUUUCAGGGGAAUUCCCGGCGAAUUUUGGUCGGUUCUCACCGCUUGACAGUAUUGACAUAUCAGAGAACAAGUUUUCUGGUGAGUUUCCAAGAUUCUUAUGCCAAAACAAGAAGUUACGGGAGUUGCUUGCUUUGGAUAACAGCUUCUCGGGUGAAUUUCCGGACGCUUAUGCAGAAUGCAAGUCUUUGGAGAGGUUAAGGAUCAACCAGAAUCGCUUAUUUGGGCGGAUUUCAGAUGGGAUUUGGGGACUACCUAAUGCAGAUAUGAUAGAUUUCUCAGAUAAUGGUUUUGUUGGAGGAAUAUCUCCAGACAUAGGUAAUUCAGUUGUCUUGACUCAGCUGCUUUUACAGAACAACAAGUUUUCAGGUGAGCUCCCUUUGGAACUUGGAAAUCUCGCUCUGUUACAGAAACUUUCUGCUUCUAACAAUUCUUUUUAUGGUAAAAUUCCUUCUCAAAUUGGAAACUUGAAGCAGUUAUCUUCUUUGCAUCUGGAAGAAAACUCACUGACUGGAUUGAUACCAUCGGAACUCAGUGAAUGUAUGAGAUUGGUUGAGUUGGAUCUUGCGGAAAAUUCUCUUACUGGCAGCAUUCCCAAAACACUGUCCCUAUUGAGCUCUUUGAACAGUCUGAAUCUAUCGCGGAACAUGAUCUCGGGUUUGAUUCCUGAGAAUUUACAGACAUUGAAGCUAAGUUCCAUUGAUUUCUCUGAAAAUCGGUUAUCAGGAAGCGUUCCUUCUGAGCUUCUGAUGAUGGGAGGAGACCGGGCGUUUUCUGGCAACCCUGGCCUCUGUAUUAACCAAAAAAUUGGAAACCAAAGAAAUUCUGCAAUGGGUAUUUGCAGUCCUGGAAAUGCCCACAAAGGAACUGUUGAAAAAGAACUGGUUUUGAUCUGCAUCAUAUCAUCGGCUGCAAUUAUCAUUUUAGCAGGUCUGGCGCUUUUGAGUUACAGGAGUUUCAAGAUCAAUGACUAUUAUGAAGAAGAUGAUCCAGAAGCAAGCCUCAGAAAAGGUGUAAAUUGGAAACUUGAAUCUUUCCAUCACAGGGAAUUCGAUGCAGAAGAAAUAUGUAAUUUGGAGGAGGAGAAACUUAUUGGAAGUGGAAGUACAGGGAAAGUCUAUCGGUUGGAUCUGAAGAAGAGCAGGGGAAUAGUUGCUGUGAAGCAGGUGUGGAAAGGAAAUGAAGUGAAAGUUUUGACUGCAGAAAUCGACAUUUUGGGGAAGAUCAGGCAUCGGAAUAUAGUGAAGCUUUAUGCGUGCUUGACUAGAGGGGAUUUAAAUUUUCUGGUUUUAGAGUACAUGGCAAAUGGGAAUUUGUCUGAAGCCCUUCGUCGGGAAAUUGAUGGUGGGCGGCUGGAUUUGGACUGGGCACGUCGGUAUGCCAUUGCUGUGGGAGCUGCAAAGGGGAUCGCAUAUCUUCACCAUGAUUGUUCACCUGCCAUUAUUCACAGAGAUAUAAAGUCUACCAACAUUUUACUUGAUGAGGAUUAUGAAGCGAAGAUUGCAGAUUUUGGUAUUGCGAAGAUUGCAUCAGGGGGGUUGGAGUCUAGCUGUUUUGCCGGCACUCAUGGUUACAUUGCUCCUGAACUUGCCUAUUCCCUCAAGGUGACUGAAAAGAUCGAUGUCUAUAGUUUUGGGGUUGUCCUGUUAGAGCUAGUGACGGGAAGGAGUCCGGUUGAACCUGGAUAUGGAGAAGGAAAGGACUUGGUCUAUUGGGUUUCGACUCAUCUGGAUGGCCGUAAAGAUGUUGUUGAAGUUCUUGACCGCAGGUUGUCAGGGCCCGCCAGGGAAGACAUGAUCAAGGUCUUGAAGGUUGCUGUUCUAUGCACUACUAAGCUGCCAUCUCUGCGCCCUUCCAUGAGAGAGGUGGUGAAGAUGCUUCUCGACGCCGAACCUUACAUAAUCACAGCCGGAGAAAAGACAUCUGGUAAAUAUUGAUGAGAAUGUCUCACACACAUCACACAACUAGUUGUAGAUGACAAAAUCAUGCAACUAGUUGGUUUGGGGCCAACCGUGGUAUUUGUAUGGCAUCCAACACAUCCUGCAAGGUUGCCUCACUAUGAAAAUGGAAAGCCGCGAAAGUCAGGUUGAUCCAAUCAGGUGGCCCACAAACAAAAAAUAGGGCCAUUCGCAUCAUUAUGCUUGAUAAAAGGAAUGAGGGGAUCUCCAAUAGAAAAUAUUGGAAAGGAAAAAUGCUUGGAAGAUGAAUAUGUUCCCAUGCAUUAUUUAGAAAUUCUUGAUGGUAUCAAGCUCAAACAACCUGCCUAUCGUAUGUAUCAGCUACGUCUCAAGGAUAACCACCCAAAAAUUCACGUGGGCCCCACCUGACUAUUUGAUCAACCUGAUUCUUGGGGCAUCCCAUUUUCAAGAUGGGGCAACUGUGGCCGAUGGGUUGGAGGUCAUGCAUGCAUGAUGGUGGGCCCCACACCCAACUAGUUGCAUGAUUUUCUCAUCUACAAUUA